AUGAGGAGAGCUUUCCCCAAAUUUGUCCGCGCCGACAAAUAUGCCUUGAAGCCGGGGCAUCGCCCUACAGGCUUUGGGCUCCGUACCACCUUCUGCUCACCAUGCCGUUCGCUCGCACAAGUCCAGUCGAACCGCGAAAUCUUUCCUGAAAUCUGGUUCACGAGCUCAAGUCCGCGCCGUCGUGCGCCCGAACAACCUGGGGCCAAAUCUGAAGAUGCACCACCAGACGAGCGGACCUUGAAGCUGGGCAAGACCCUCCGCAUCCUACAAUCCCGCCUCCCUACACUCCUUGCCUCCCCCCUUCCACCCGAUAUACUCUCACCCCACAUUACCCUCCACCUCUUCCCCUCGACCCACCCCCACCUUCCCACAGUCUCCGGCCGCGUCGCCUACCAUGCAGCCCUUUGGACCGCCCCUAUGGCUUGGGGCCGCGUCCCAAUUGUCGGCAAUGUCAAGCUUAUAAUUCUCAGUGAGCGCGUAGCGAAAAACGGACCUACCUACUCCCAUAUCAACAACGAGCGCCUUGUUGUGCGCUGGAAAACGUGUGGCAAGACACAAGGCAAAGGCAUGGGUGCGCUGUAUCGUGGGAUUGGGGCUAGUGAACAGGUGGACAAGAUUACCGAAUGGUUGGGUGGCGACGCGAGGGAUGAUGAGGAAUUUUGUGGGAAAUUCAUAUUCGAAUUUGACGAGGAGGGAAGGAUUCUUACACACACCAUUGAGCACGCAGAAGAAAACGGGGAUCUAGAGAAGACAAGUAGGGUGGUUAGUGUGACCGAUUGGUUAUUGGGAAGGCCGUGGAAGAAAAAAACGCCGGAGCUAGCAUGGAGUUGUGUUGCAGAUGAAGAUGGCACUGGGAGGAUGAGGGAGUUCGAGGGGAGGGGAAGUUGA